UUAUUUCAUCCUUUUGUGAGAAGUACCGUCGGAUCGGAAGCCCUAGAAGCCAUGAAAACAAAGCGCGAGGAAUCAGGAAAUGCUAUGGACGAAGAAGAGGGGACUGCGAAGAGGCGAAGACUGGAGGAACAAUCCUCUCCUAACGGCGCGUUUGAAAAUCCGCUUCCACUAGCCUACGAUGAAGAUGAUGAAGAAGAAGAGGAAAGCAGGAUAAACAGAGGUGGAAAUGGACUUGUCAACAACGGCGUAAGCACAGGGCGAAACGGCCGUGAUUACUACGAGGACGACGAGGAUUCCGAGGAAGAGCGUAUAGAAGGGCAAGGGAGGCGCAGUCGCUCUACUGAAGUAAGAAGGGACUGUCCGUAUCUUGAUACUGUCAACAGACAGGUUUUGGAUUUUGACUUUGAGAAGUUUUGCUCAGUAUCUCUUUCAAACUUAAAUGUGUAUGCCUGUUUGGUUUGUGGGAAGUAUUAUCAAGGAAGAGGACCUAAAUCUCACGCAUAUACGCAUAGUCUUGAAGCAGGGCAUCACGUCUACAUUAAUCUUCGAACUGAGAAAGUUUACUGCCUUCCUGAUGGAUAUGAGAUUAUUGAUCCAUCACUUGAGGACAUUCGGCAUGUUCUCAAUCCAAGGUUUACACGAGAGCAAGUUGAGCAGCUAGAUCGGAAUAGGCAAUGGUCGAGAGCACUUGAUGGCUCGGAUUAUCUUCCUGGAAUGGUGGGGCUUAAUAACAUCAAAGAGACCGACUUUGUUAAUGUCACUAUUCAGUCUUUGAUGCGUGUUACUCCCUUGCGGAACUUUUUUCUUAUCCCUGAGAACUACAUCCACUGCAAAUCUCAACUUGUUCUUAGGUUUGGAGAGCUCACACGUAAAAUAUGGCAUGCAAGGAACUUCAAAGGACAGGUGAGUCCACAUGAAUUCCUGCAGGCAGUUAUGAAAGCUAGCAAAAAACGUUUUCGAAUAGGUGCACAAUCAGAUCCAGUUGAAUUUAUGUCAUGGCUUCUUAAUACACUGCAUGGAGAUCUUAAAACUUCAAAAAAGGGCAGUAGCAUCAUUCACCAAUGCUUUCAGGGUGAAUUGGAAGUGGUGAAAGAGAUCCAUGGCAAGUCAAUCGCAGAGAGAAAGCAAAGUGGAGACAACCAGGAUAAUGGUGAUGAUAAUGUCACUCUAGUGGACAAUGUACUCAUGGAAACCAGUAAAAUGCCUUUCAUAAUGCUUGGGCUGGACUUGCCUCCUCCUCCUCUAUUUAAGGAUAUCAUGGAGAAAAAUAUCAUUCCACAGGUUCCACUUUUCAACAUACUGAAGAAGUUUGAUGGAGAGAUGGUGACUGAAGUUGUGCGCCCUCGUAUAGCAAGGAUGAGAUAUCGUGUCACAAAGUUGCCCCAGUAUCUUAUCCUCCAUAUGCGCCGAUUUACAAAGAACAACUUUUUUGUGGAGAAAAAUCCUACCCUAGUUAAUUUCCCUGUGAAGAAUCUUGAGCUGAAGGAUUACAUCCCACUGCCUGUGCCGAAUGAGAAUGAAAAGUUGCGAUCGAAGUAUGAUCUAAUUGCUAAUAUAGUUCAUGAUGGUAAGCCGGGCGAAGGAUCCUAUAGAGCCUUUGUGCAGCGGAAGUCAGAAGAGCUAUGGUACGAAAUGCAAGACCUUCACGUAUCAGAAACUUUGCCACAGAUGGUUGCCCUUUCCGAGGCAUACAUGCAGAUAUACGAGCAGCAGCAUUGAUUGUAUACUUUGCUGAAAGCUGAGGUUUCCUUCUUUGAGCCCGAUCAGAGGUAUCAAUAUUAUUAUCAUUCUAUCAUUUACUGUUAUAAAUUUCACUUAAUGACCAAAAGCAGCAUUCAGAUUCUGAUGCUCAUGCAUGCCAAGAAGAGUUUAAAGGAAUUUACUUGGAAUUUUUGUGAGUGAUAUUUGAUAUUCGAUGCUUUAUAGGUUCUGUUCUCCAGAAUGAGUAGCUGCUUCAUGCAGUAGUAUUUGUAUUUAAAGAAAAAUAGACAUUAUAUGAGUUAGUUUGUUUGAUCAAUACAUGUCGUUUGAUUUACCUGUGUCCAAAAGUUUUAUUUCAUCAUGA